UGGCGCAUCGCGAGACUUGCGGGCAGUCCUUUCUCCGGAUCCAGCUGGUGUCCUGCCUGCCGUGCACGGUCGAACAGAGAGCCGCCGGUCAUCAUGGGAAACAUCUUCGGGAACCUGCUGAAGAGCCUGAUAGGCAAGAAGGAGAUGAGGAUCCUCAUGGUGGGGCUGGAUGCUGCGGGGAAAACCACCAUCCUGUACAAGCUGAAGCUCGGGGAGAUCGUCACCACCAUCCCCACCAUCGGUUUCAAUGUGGAGACAGUGGAGUACAAGAACAUCAGCUUCACCGUGUGGGACGUGGGCGGCCAGGACAAGAUCCGUCCCCUGUGGAGACAUUACUUCCAGAACACACAGGGUCUGAUCUUCGUGGUGGACAGCAACGACCGUGAGCGGGUGAAUGAAGCCCGGGAGGAGCUGAUGAGGAUGCUGGCCGAGGACGAGCUGCGCGACGCUGUCCUCCUCGUCUUCGCCAACAAACAGGACCUGCCCAACGCCAUGAAUGCCGCGGAGAUCACGGACAAGCUGGGCCUGCACUCCCUACGCCACCGCAACUGGUACAUCCAGGCCACCUGCGCCACCAGCGGCGACGGCCUGUACGAGGGCCUGGACUGGCUGGCCAAUCAGCUGAAGAACAAGAAGUGAAGGGCGGAGCGGGGAAGAGCCUGGGUGCCAGCUCCAGGUAGAGGGUGAAGUGGAUCCGUUGUGUUUACAUAGAGAGGAAAUGCUGAAAAGCUCCCAGGGGGCGACUCUCACUGGCUUUCUCCCCUCACAAAUACUUCUGCUUUAUUCCCUUACUUUGAUUUUUUUUU